GGUAAAUCGGUGGAAAUGGAGGCUAGACAGGACAAUGACAAUGACGAUGAAGAAGACGAAGAUGAGCAUGUAAAUAAAAUGAAUGAAACACUGAAACCAAACACCCUGCUUCAAAUAGUCCGCGAUAAUCACAAGGUCAAAUUGAAACAAUCUUCAGUGAAUUUAAACAACAGAUAUUCAAAUAGUCAGUGUAAUUUAAAAAUCACUACUGGAGAUAAUAAUGAUAAUAAUAAUAGUCAUAAUAAAGGUCAACUCUUGAAACAAAGAAGCCUUUUGAAAGACUAUGGAAGUCUAGGAGCUGAUUUAAUCAGUCAUGAUGGAGAUAUGGAGAAUGCUAUAAUUGUUGAAGGGGAAUAUUCACAGAAUAAGCCAAAUAAACUGUUAUCCAUUAUUAAUAAUAGUGCAGACUGUAUUCUAGGCGAUGAUGACGGUGAAUAUAUGGAAGAGGAUAUUAAAGACGACGUCGUUAUAGAGGCUAGUGUCAGUAGAAACAAUGUUGAAAAGUGUGACGACAAUAAACUGAAUCACUUAACAAUUGUUGAUGUCCAACAAACUGUGAAGAACGAGGAGGCUGGAAAGGUUAAUCCACAGCCGUCUUGUAUAUCAACAUUAUCAAACAACAAUGCAGAAGACUGUGUUUCAAGGAAAGAGGCAACUUCGAUGAAAGAUAAUCUGAAAAUAAUCGAUGCCAAACCUAUACGAAACAAUUGUACAGAACGCGCGCUGGCAUCGAAUACCAAAGCUACUGGAUUUCUGAAAAAUUCAACUGUCAGCGUGACAGAAGCUAGUCAAAGCCAUCAAGAUGUCGAUGGAACAACAUCAUGUUCUAUGCCACAGACUACACGUCAUCAGAAUGAUGACAAUGAAAUAACAAAAGUGGAUGACAGAAUUGUACACAGAUAUUCAGACUGUACUCGACCGGUUACAUCACCUUCAUCUGAAAAACCAGAAUGGAAUCCCAACGAGUCGAACCGAAUCGACCAACGAUCAGGUAGACUUGACGAUAAUAAUAUCACUUCUUCAAAUAUAGAUCUAAGAGUUAACAGUAUGCUUGAUAAAUCAAUCAAUCGAUCAAAUAAAUCCUCUCUACUUGAUCACGCCUCACCAUUUUUUAUACGUUUCUCAUCGGGACAUAUUAAUCCCAAUGAUAGUGAACAAUACCAUAGAUUUUUAACAGUCCCUAGGAAAGAUCAUAUCAGUUUAAGUACACUAAGACUUAGUCGUACAAGACAAUCAGUGAAUUCGGAGACACCUAGUCCAACUCCUGAAUUCGAUCCUCAUCCUCAUCAUAAUCAACAUCAUCGUAAUCGGACAUUAAAUGAAAAUAUUGAAAAUUCAUGUCAAACACAAAGUAUAAAUUGUCAAUCAGAGAGAAGUCAACCUGUUCCACGAAAGAAACGCACACUCUAUCUGAAUAAAUCACGUACAGAACAAUGCCUACAAUCAGCACAAAGUGUUCAUAUAAAAUCAUCAUCAUCAUCACAAAGUAAUCAUGAAAAUAUUCUAACAAUCAAUAGAUCACCUUAUCAGAAUUGUCUUCUAUUUGAAUCAAAUGCUGAGAAUUAUCGACAAAAGCUGAUUGAUAAUAAACAGAAACAUUCACAACAAAAGAGUGCUACUUCAACCCGAUUGGCGGGGCCUACAAUACGUUCUGUUUUAGAGACUGGUAAAAGUAUACAUCACCCGCAGCAGCAUCCACAACAACAACAACAGUAUGCUUGGAAUUCUUCUGUUACCGGAACAUGUACUCCUAAUAAUAAUAUCAGUAGUAGCAGUAGUAAUAGUUAUAGCCACUUGAAAGAGAAUGAAAGCAGAAUCAAACGGACAAGUUUAUCAGCUAAGAUGUUAAAUGAAAAAUUGCGCCAACUGAAACCGUCUACUGAAGUCUCCUCCUUUGAACCAGAAAUAAGCAAAACAUCAUUACAACAAAGUAGUAAGUUGAAACGACCGACCAGUAAAGAUUCCGGAUUGAUUACCAGCAGGUCAACUAGCCAGCCACUUCAAUCUAGUCAGAAACCACCGACAUACCAUUUUUCAAAUGAGAAAUCAGAUAACAAUGGAUUUCAAGAUAUGAAUAAAAGACAGACUAAGAAGCAUGACUACCUACCGUUGAAAACCACCUCAACCCUACUGACAUCAUCAAUGUCAUCAACAAAUUUAGCGGAGAAUCUAUGCAUUAAACCGAAUAAUAUUUGUUCCAGAUCAAUUCAUUGUCAAAACACCUUGGAUACAUCACGUCGUCGACUGAAUUCUGUGCAUAUAUUAACUUCUGAAUUGGAUCAUAAAUCUGAACGAAAUCCACCUGUUACACUGACCGCGACUGGUAGUAGUGCUGCUAAGCCAUCGACUGUUUCUAAAGUCAAUCUACGUACAUUAAGAUCACAGUCUGCGGAUAGAGUAUUGAAACCGAGAACCACUUGUAUAAAUACACCAUAUCAAACGAGUUAUCAACUGUUCCAGCCAUAUUUAACUAGCACGCCAACACGUCGCACAAAAUCAAAGCGUAUCACAGAUAUUCUACAAUAUUCUAUAAAUGAUUCUGAUAAAACCUAUAAACUCACACCUUUUAGAUAG